CACACCCCAAAAAUAGUCUACUAGGAAUCUUGGCAACAUGUUGGCUGUCUGCAUUUACCAAGUCAAAAACUGUUGUCUGAGACCCAAAACAUCAAAGAGAUAAGUGAAAAAUUCCCUGUACUCUCCGGCCCAAAAAUACCCAAUUCAUCUCCACCUUCCCUGGUUAAUCUCUCUCCUCAAUCUUUUCUAAAAUUAUAGGAUUCAAAGCUUAUCCAAUAUAUAUAUAUAUAUACAGCUUUCGAUGUAUAAUAUAAGUAUACGUACAUCUGUGUAUUUAUCUGUAUAUAUAUAGAGAUAUAGCCCACCAUAAGCCUCAAACCCAUUCAGACAUUUUUUGAGAACUAAAAGAAUACAGCUCAAAAGCUUUUGUUCUUGAACCAUGAAGAUGUCAAAUCUCUCUGUCUUGUUCUGUUUCAUCAUUGUUGUUUUUGGGGUGGCUAUCAAUGGCUUAGCUUCAAAAGAAGAGGUUGGGAUCUAUGAGCUGCAGAAAGAUGAAUUCACUGUCAAGUUUACAAACUGGGGUGCAAGCAUUAUCUCCCUUAUUCUUCCUGACAAAGAAGGAGAGUUGGGUGAUGUUGUUCUUGGGUAUGAUUCAGUUAAGACCUACAUGAAUGAUUCAACUUACUUUGGUGCUAUUGUUGGACGGGUCGCUAACCGGAUCGGGGCUGCCCAAUUUACUUUAAAUGGAAUCCAUUACAAGCUGGAUGCUAAUGAGGGGAAGAACAUGCUUCAUGGUGGGAAGAAAGGAUUCAGCGAUGUUGUUUGGAAGGUGAAAAAUAUUGAGAAAGAUGGGCAAUCUCCUAGUAUUACCUUCAGCUAUCACAGCACUGAUGGUGAAGAAGGAUUUCCAGGUGAUCUGCUUGUCACUGUGACCUAUAUCCUCAGUGGAUUUUACGAUCUGAAGGUAGUAAUGGAAGCCAAAGCUCUAAACAAGGCCACCCCAGUGAGUCUAGCCCAGCACUCCUACUGGAACCUCGGAGGCCACGACAGUGGCGAUAUCCUGUCCGAGGAGAUUCAGAUAUUUGCAUCCCACAUUACCCCUGUCGACAAGAGUCUCAUCCCCACCGGAAAAAUUGCAACCGUGAAGGACACACCCUAUGAUUUCCUCAAACCACACACUAUUAAGAGCAAGCUCAAUGAACUUCCUAACGGUUAUGAUAUUAACUAUGUCCUUGAUGGUGACAAAAGCAACAAGAUGAAGCCGGUGGCUGUGGUGCAUGAUAAGAAGUCUGGAAGAGUGAUGAAACUUUCGGCAAACAAGCCUGGUGUGCAAUUUUAUACCGGCAACUACAUAAAAGAUCUGAAGGGCAAAGGUGGCUACGUUUACCAAGCUCAUGCUGGGUUGUGCUUGGAAACUCAAGGGUUCCCCGACUCUGUGAAUCACCCCAAUUUCCCGUCACAGAUUGUUGCUCCUGGAAAGACUUACAAACAUGUAAUGCUGUAUGAGUUUUCGAUCAAGGCUCAAUAGGAGCUUAGGAUCAAUAAUGUCUAUGGGCAAGUAACAGUAUCUGGAAUGAAUCUCAAAGGAGACCACAAACAAAGCAACAAUAAUUUGCACCCGAACAAUAAUUGGUGUCGGGCUUAUAUUGUAGUCUCCAAUUUGAAUUGAGAAAACAGUUGGAUGACAUAAAUUGAAAUGAGUAGCAAUCCUUAGUGGUAUACUCGGCG